AUGGCUACAACAACCACACGGCAUCCUUUGACCAAGCGCAACCUGGCAAUACUGGAUCGUCUUCUUCAGAGUAAACACACUUCCGAGACAAUCACCUCAUGGGCUGAAAAGGUCAUAUCCGAAGAACAGAUGCAUCUGCUUUGCACCCAGCCGGCUACCUCCCUCGACGGCAUGCACCCACCCGCCGGAGACGAUGCCACCGAUCUCAAAGUCGAGCGUGACAUGGCCAUGUUCGUUCAGUCGGCACGCAGCCUCCCCACUGUGGACACUAAAAGGACUGAUGUAGACUCUUCUAAGGUUAUCGAGGUGGAGACAUCACGUCCGUUCAUGUGCCUUGAGAGUCCGCUAGAGCGGUACCUAACCCCCGGAUCUAGUGAGCCGAGUCACUUUAGCCGUUCGGCUCUGGCGCACGUGGGGCUUCAGUAUGGGGAUAUGGAGGGGAAGAAAGAGAGAGCUGAGAUGGCGCGCGGACAUGUGGAGGUAGCGAGAGACAAUGCUCUUCAGGCGCGAGAACAAGCGGGUAAAUAG